AUGGGGAGCUCUCUUGGUUGUGUCAAACAACCCAGAGAAACAGGACCAGGUGGUGCCUCCCCUCUGUCAACCAAAAGAAAACGCCGCUUCAGGCGAAAGCGCAAACCAAAAAAGGUCUCGAAAGGUAUUGAGGCUGAUGUUGAGAAAGAGGAUGCUAUACUCAAUUCCACAGGUGACCCUUUACUUCAACCAGAAUCUAGACAAACAGUGACUGAGACUCCAACACAGGUGGUCCUGCUUUCUGGUACAGCCCCUAUUUUAGGCAGCACAGGAACAUUGCGAGGAAGUCGGGUAGCUAUUUUAUCUCCUGAUCCUAGCCCAGCAUGGACCGGGGCGUUACCUCAGGGGUCGAAAGCAAUACCGGGGAAAGAAUUACAAAAUAAUGCCAACCUGGGCAACACCACACCUGGAGGGGGUCGAGUAUGUCGGAUUCAAGGACGGGUUCAGGGUGUCCUAGAAAGACCUUGUCUUGUGGGUGCCAAAAGUCAGGAACUCUACGGACACAAUGACAUCAUAGGUGGGAUAAAUGAUCUGAUGGUUGAGGAUUCCUCAGAAAAUGAGAGUAAAGGAAUAGUUCGCAUUCGCGAGGUUGAUGGUAAGCUGUGUGUCGUCCGUACUGUCUACCCAAAGGAUUAUGGCUCACCUUUGUGGCACAACAGAGAUGUCGAGGUACGUACUGAGCCACCUGCUGUGCCCCCUGUUACUGGAGAUAUUCAGAAAGUAAAGGUUCAGGAAAGUACGAGAAGAACAUCCAUCGACAAAGAACAGCCAGAAAGAGGAUUGUUUUUGUUAGAUAGCUAUACUCAGGAUGCAGCUAGUACUGGUCCUCUGCAGGACCCCCAGUCCUCAGGCUAUGCCAGUGAUGUGCCUCUUACUUCACCUGAAGCGGGAGGUGCUGUCCAAACAGAUUGGGAAAGCUCUUCUGAUGUCCUGAACUCUUUAGCAUUGGGGAGUCCCAUCUCCCCAGCAGAGAACCCAUCACAAACCAACCAGAUCUCUGAGAUUUAUGUGAGCGGUGAGUCAGGGGACCUGACAGCCAAGGAAAAGCUUCUGCUCUGGACCCAACAAGCCAUUGAUGGCUAUCCUGGCCUGCGCUGUGUCAACUUCUCGUCUAGCUGGAACGAUGGACGCAUGUUCAAUGCCCUUCUGCACAGAUACAGGCCAGACCUGAUCGACAUGGAAGUGGUGGCUUGCCAGAGUAACCGUGAAAACCUGGAGCAGGCUUUUGAGAUUGCAGAGUCUUUAGGAGUGACGCAACUCCUGGACGCUGAAGAUGUGGACGUACCAUCACCUGAUGAGAAAUCAGUUAUCACCUAUGUGUCCUCAAUCUAUGAUGCCUUUCCAAAGAUCCCAGAAGGAGGAGAGGGUAUCAGGCCACACGAGGUUGACCAGCGAUGGGCGGACUACCAGUCUCGUUUCACUUCGUUACUUCAGUGGACAAGGCAGCACACGGCCCUCAUGGCCAACAAGAGCUUCCCACAGAACCCUGUUGAGCUUAAAGCACUUUACAACGAAUACGUUCACUUUAAAGAUACUGAGAUUCCUGCCAAGGAGCUGGAGAAGGGCGACAUUGCACACCUGUACAGGCUGCUGGAGGUAUGGAUUGAGUUUGGGCGUCUCAAGCUGCCUCAGGGUUUGCACCCUAAUGACCUGGAGGAGCAGUGGGGUAAACUAAUACUGGAGAUGCUUGAGAGAGAGAAAGCACUGCGGCCCGCUGUGGAACGCUUGGAGUUACUCCUACAGAUGGCCAAUAAGAUGCAGAACAUGGCUGUAGAUUGUGAAGAGAAACUCACACUGGCCAAGAACACACUGCAGUCGGACAUGUCUCAGCUGGAGAGAGGUGAGCCAGCACGCUGUGAGCAGGAGCUGGGUGCAUAUCUGCAAGACUGCGAUGCUCUGGUUCGCCAAAUGCAGCUGGACCUGCAAGUCCUGAGAGAUGAGAAGUACUACCAAGUAGAGCAGCUAGCUUUUAGAGUGACGUAUCUGAAGGAGGAGCUGGUCUCCCUUCGAUUGCAAUGCUCCAGUGUGUACAGGAAAGGACACUUCCUGUCAGGGGGGAAGAUGGGAGAGCAGACUCAGAGGCUCUCCUCAGGAGGCAUGGCCACACUUGGAGCCCAAACAUUGCUGGGCGCGGCCGGUGUCGUGGCAAACCUUCUCAGACGGCCAAUGUCCCGCUCAGAACUGGUAGCCAUGUCAUCAUCAGAGGAUGAAGGAAGCCUGCGCUUUAUCUACGAGCUCCUGGGAUGGGUGGAGGAGAUACAGGAGCUGCUGGAGAGAGCUGAGUGGGGCACAGACCUGCCGUCUGUAGAACAGCACCUGCAGGAUCAUCACACUAUUCACAGUGCAGUAGAGGAUAUGCUCAACAGCCUUAAGGAGGCUCGCAGCUAUGAGCCAAGUGUGUCUUCCAAUUUCCGGAGCAGUUAUUCGGAAACGUUGGCCAAGCUGGAGAACCAGUACUGCAAACUACUGGAGCAUUCAUCGUGGCGACUGCGUUGCCUGGAGAGCUUGCGAGCAUUUGUGUCGCACUGCACUGAGGAACUCAUCUGGCUGAAUGAGAAAGAGGAGGAGGAGCUGGCCUGCGACUGGAGUGAAAGCAACACCAACAUGUCUGCUAAAAGAGAGCAGUACAACGAAAUGAGGGAAGAACUUGAGGAAAAACAAGAAGUGAUGCGCUCCUUACAGGAAACGGCUGAUCAGCUGUGUCGGGACAACCACCCAGCCAAACAGACCGUAGAGGCCUACAGAGCUGCCUUGCUCACACAGUGGCAGUGGGUUAAAGAGCUGUGCAUAUGUGUAGAGCAGCAUCUUAAGGACAACACCAGCUACUUUCAGUUCAUGAGUGAUGCACGAGAAUGUGAAACUUACCUGCGUCAGCUUCAGGACACCAUCAAAAGACAGUACACUUGUGACAAAAACAGCAGACUGGGCAAACUGGAGGACCUGCUUCAGGACUCCAUGGAGGAGAAGGAGCAGCUGAUUGAGUACCGGAGUUCUGUGGCAAGUCUGGUAGGACGGGCCAAAACGGUGGUCCAGCUCCGCCCACGUAACGCUGAUUGCAUUUUGGGUAGUACCACGCCUAUCCGUGCCAUCUGUGACUACAAACAAAUAGAGAUCACCGUCAGUAAAGGAGAAGAAUGUGUGCUGGAGGAUAACUCUCAGAGAACUAAAUGGAAGAUUAUUAGUCCUACAGGAAAUGAGGCUAUGGUGCCGUCAGUGUGCUUUGCAGUUCCACCUCCCAACCAGGAGGCUAUUGAUACUGCCAGCAGAACGGAGCAGCUGUAUCAGAAUGUCAUGUCUUUGUGGCACCAGCUGCAUAUGAACAUGAAGAGUGUGGUAUCCUGGCACUAUUUGCAAAAGGACAUUAGCAACAUCUCCACCUGGACCCUGGACACGAUGCGCUUUCAGUCUCCAUCUGAGAGGCAGCAGGCACUGGAUCACCUGGAUGCUCAUCUGGCGGAUUUCCUUGCAGACAGUCAUGAAAGCACCCUGUUUACACCGGACGAGAGGCAUGAUCUCGAGCGAGAAGCACAGAACUGCCGUGAACACUGCCAAGCAUUGUUGGUCUCCAUGGAAACCGUGGAGAAGGAUGAGUCGGUGUCACGCUCCUAUCUCGACGAGCUGCACAGCAUCAAAUCACAUCUGCAGGAGGCAGAACAGAAGCUCACGAGUGGGAUGCAGACUCCCCCCUCUAGUGGCCUGAUAGGAGAAGGCUCUGCUGUUCAGAUAGCAGAACAAGAGAAGUUACAGCAGCAUUUGAAAUGCCUGCAGUCAGAUCUGGGUGAUGUGUCCCGUCGCUGUUUGAGCUUCUUUGAGGAGAAGCCCACCUCUUCCAGUGUGCCUGUGCUUCGUUCUGAGCUCAACCUGGCUGUGGAGCAAAUCGAGAGGCUUAACUCACUGUCUUCUGUCUACCUGCACAAGUUAAAAACAGUAGAUGUGCUGGCGAAAAGCUUACAGGCUGCUGAGAGUCAGGUAAAGAAGUAUGAGGGACGACUAAGUGAGGAGGACAUUGUUCCUGCAGACACUGCAGCCAUUCAGGCCCUGCGAGAUCAGCUAAAGAAAUGGAAUACAGAGAUGGAAGAACAGGAUCACAUUUUCCAGGCUCUUAGCUCGGAGGUGCAGCGGGUCCAUGAGGCAGGUGCUCAGCUCAGUCAGCUGCGUCCUGGACGCAGUCCAGAACUGGAGCGCUACCAGGAGAAAGCCCAGCAACUCAGCGAGAGAUGGAAGGAAGCACACAGACAAAUUGAGACGCGGCAAGCUGAUCUGGAGAUGAUCGGCUCAGUGCUGCAGCAGUACAGAGAGGGUCACUCUGGCCUUAUCCACUGGAUAGAAGAGACCACUGAGAAACAGGAGAACACUCGGCCUAAACAGACCGACAGCAAAGCACUGUCGGAGCAGCUCGCCCAGCAAACAGCCCUGGUGGCUGAGAUUGAGCAGAACCAAGUCAAACUGGAUGAGUGCCAGACGUCCUCUAAACAAUACUGCACUUCUGUCAAGGACUAUGAACUGCAACUGAUGACAUUUAGAGCCUUUGUGGAGUCCACUCAGAAAUCUCCUGUGAAACGGAGGAGGAUUCAUUCAUCAUCAGAUGCCAUAACACAAGAGUUCAUGGACCUGCGCACACGCUACACAGCUCUGGUGACCUUGACCACACAACAUGUCAAGUAUAUCAGUGAUGCAUUACAGAGACUGGAGGAGGAAGAGAAACAAGUCGAGGAAGAGAGGCAGGCCCAUGUGGGUCAGGUUUCUGAUCUUUUAGGCUGGGUUAAAGAUCUUCAGGAUAGAGCUGCAGGACCGACUGAGACGUCACUUGCUGCACAGCAGGCAAUAAAUGAGCAGUUAGCUGCUAAGAAAGAAGAGGUGGCUGAAGCCAUCAGGAACACACAGGCCUUCCUCCGGUCAAAACAGGCCAGCAAAUUAUCACCUGAAGAGCGUGCUCAAGUUACAUCACACCUGGAUGAAUUGAGUGCCAGCUACAACCAGCUAUGUGAGAGCUCCACUGCUCAGCUACAACAGCUGGAGGAACAACUGGCAAAAGAGGAAAAACGCAAGGGCCAACAGACUGUCGCUGGAGUAAUUGAUCUUGGUACUGUGGAAACCUUUCCAGUUUUCCAGGCAGCACAGCGAGGCCUUAUAGACCAAGAUACAUGCCAUGUGCUGUUGGAGGCACAGCUCAUCAUGGGUGGGCUGUUACAACCAGAUUCCCCUCAAAAUCUCUCACUGAAAGAGAGUCUUGACUCUGGUUUAAUUGACAAACGCACCUACAAUUCAAUAUCAGAAAUAGAGACUGCCCUCAACAUUGUCCAGCAGUCACAGUUCGCAGAGAGUCACUUAUUACCUGUUGCAGCUGCUAUGGAGGUGGGUCACAUACAAGAGCAGGUUGGGAUUCGCAUUCUGGAGCUGCAGGUAGGAACCGGAGGAUUCCAUGAUAAAACUAUCAGUCUUGAAAAUGCUGUGGACAAAGGCCUUCUCUCACCUGCUGUUUACAAUAAGUUACGCUCCGGUGUUGAUCGGCAGGAGCUCAUUGAUCCCAACACAGCAGAAAAGUUAAGUCUCUCAGAGUUCCAUCAGCGAUGCGUUUUAAAUCAGGAAACAGGUCUGCGCCUGCUGCCAGUCAAUCAGCAGUCAAGGGGAACUGUCUGCCUACGAUCCGGUAUGAAAGUAGGCAUUUUCCGGGCCGUGCGAGAGGGACUGAUCGACAGACAAGUUACUCUUCGACUUCUCGAGGCUCAGUUAUUUGCAGGCGGGAUUACUGAUCCCCGCUCUGGUCAUCAGCUGACAGUAGGUGAGGCUGUGCGGCAUGGCCUUAUGGAUCAGGACCUGGCUUGUGCCUUACUGACUCGUCAGUUACAGGCAGGAGGAAUAAUAGACCCAGCCAGUGGGGAGCGCCUGGAAUUAGAUGAAGCAGUCAAAAGAGACAUUGUUUCUCCUCGCAUGGCCAUAAGGGUACUGGAAUCCCUUUGGGCUUUUAUUGGCAUGCUGUGGCCAGAGUCUGGGGAGAUGCUUCCCAUCACUGAGGCUCUACAGCAGGGUCUUAUUUCAGGAGAACUUGCGCGGAAAGUCCUGAGCAAACGUCAUUCUGUUGGGGGAAUUUACUCACCAGAAAGUGCUCAGCUGAUUCGUAUUAACCAAGCUGAGAAGGUUUUGGGUGUGGAAACACUUGAAAUUCUUCAGCAGACACAGAUCCCGGAUAUUCUACCUGUCAUGACCGAAUCUGGAUCCCUAAAGUGCCAUGGCUCUUCCUUUUCAACUCCACCGUCCUCUUUGGUCUGUGGCUCAGCCCCGCAUCUUCAGUUUAAUACCUCUAUUUUGGAGGCCUCAGGUUCACAGGAUCAUGCUCAGCACCGUCUUCUUUCUUACUUAAUGACACACAGCUACAUACAUGCGCACUCAGGAGAGCGUCUGGUAUUGAUGGAACCUGAACUUUUGACACUUUUCAAUCUUCCUGGACCAACAAAAGACCAAAAGAUAGAUGAAUCACAAUGGAGAGAGUCCUCUAAGGAAGAGGUAAAAAUACAGCCAGACUUAAGUGAAACACAACAAGAAGAAAAGGGAAUUAUUAAAGACUGGAGUCAAAGCUCAUCUCUGUUGAGAGAUGAUGAACAAGAAAAAGACAUUAUUACAGAAGAACAUAGAAUUGAACUGGAUAAUGUUUGCAAAAGUGAAAACUUGCUACAAAAGGACAUGGAAGGAAUUGUGGAAGCGAAACAACUAAAAGAAACAAGCCAUACUAAUCAAACUUUAGCAAAACCUUUACAUACAGGUUUAGAACUAGCUGAGAUUAUUCCAGAAACCCAGUCACCCACUCUAUGUGUAAAUAAAGUGGAUAUUUUGCCAAAUGAUUCCAAAUCUAAGUCACUAAGACUGGAAAAAGAGGAAACAAGUAGGGAAGCUGAACUACCGGAAUCUCUAAAUGUCAACAUACCACAAUCAGAUAAGAGUAUACUUAAGGUAAACAAACUGAAUAGUGUACCAUCCAAGAAGGAAACGUUAGACAUGAAGAAAGAAAACACUUCUAUUAAAGACAUUGCUAAUGACACUACAGAAGAAAGUCCUUAUCAGCUUAACAGAACUACCUGUGAGAACAUUAAAAGCUCUAAUGGAAUUGAACAAACUCUGUUUCAAGCAGAUACAGAGAAUAUGGACUCAACAGUAAAAAAGACCACAUUGCUAGAAAGUGCCAAAGAUGAAGAGCUUGAAUGCAUGGCAAAGGAAGUAAUGCAAGAGGGUCUUGUGAGUGUUGGACCCCAGAAAUUGUUACUUGAUAAAGCCAUAUCCCAAGGGAUGCUAUCCCCCUAUACUGCUGUCCAAGUAAUGUCAAAAGCAGGACUCUUUGGUGGUUUCCUGGACAUGCAUUCAUGUCAGACAUUAAACACUGAAAAUGUGAUUCAGGAAGGCCUACUGGAUGAUGACACAAUGAACCACGUUCUCCAAUCAGAAAAGACUAUAGCUGGUGUAUUUGAUGUAGAACACAGACAGAUCUGCUCACUUAAUGAUGCUGCUAAGAAAGGGCUUCUGGAUCCAGAUACAGUAGCUCGACUUGUUGAGGCCCAGGUUGUCUCUGGAGGAGUUGUUGAUCCUCAAAAGGGCCAGAAAGUUUCAGUGACCCUUGCAGCCAAUCUUGGUCUGAUUGAAGAGGAGCAAAAAGAAGGGCUGCUCUUAUUAGAGAAGUCAUUCCAUGGAAAGAGUUCAGAUUUAAGUGCAUCGCAAACGAAAAUUAAACUGCAACUACAGAUGGAUGGAAUAAUAGAUUGCGAUGCAAAACAGCCUAUUACUCUUCAACAAGCCCUUCAAGGAGGUUUUAUUGGUCAGGAAGAAGCCAAGCUAAUUUUAUUGCAACAGGUGGCUGAAGGUGGAAUUGUACAUCAUGGAUCAGGUGUUCGCCUAAGUGCUGCUGAUGCGGUACAGCAAGGUCUCAUAGACAGUUCGUUUUUGCCAAAGUUGGAUGAGUUUGAAAGGUUCUGCCGAGGAGAAGAUCAGCUUAGUUCAGAUCCAAACAUUGCUCUUUUCCAGGCAUCUACAGGCUUUAUUAAUGAUGGCACAUCUAAGAGCAGACUUACACUGACUGAAGCUUUUUCCCGUGGUUUAAUUGAUGAAGACACUACGAAUAAAGCUAUGGCCUCACCCAGUUUAAAGACUGGUGUUUUGGACCCCCAUAAUGCUUGUAUUGUACCAUACUCAGAGCUUGUUAAACAGGGAAAGAUUGACGUUGAAACAGGACGGAGAUUCCUUGAAGUGAUGCCCUUUAGGGGUAUUCCAGACAAACACAAUGGUAACAUGAUGACUGUGCCAGAGGCAGUAAGGACUGGCCAGGCUGAUCCCAUUCCAGCACUCAGAGUACUACAAAACCAGGCAGAUUCUGGAGGAAUUAUCAACAUUUCAAAUGGAGAAAGACUACCUCUGGCCAAGGCUAUUAAUAUAGGCCUUGUUGAGAAAGAUGAUGCCAUAGCUAUUGCUACACAUCAGCUUUUACAUGGUGGUUUAAUUAGCCCUAAUAGUGGUCAGAGAGUCUCAACACUCAAGGAAGCUCUUCAAGAAGGUCUCAUCUCAAAAGACAUUGCUGCAGAACUUUGUGAUAAAUUUGGUUCUCUGGAUGAAUCAAAUGUUCAGAAGGAAAGCUCUACAAAUGUGUGCUCAACAAAUACAGGUCGUCCUUUUGUGUCCUACAGUGUGUUUAGUCAAGACAGCCCUACAAAGAUGGAAAACACAGAAAGCAACAUGGAAACAAAACUGGACAGUUAUAAGAACACUAGCAAAGCUGGUCAAGAAAUUACUUCUAAGAUAAAUGAUGAACAAGUCUUAUCCACCAAGGAAACAAAGGAAGCUAUUAAACCAAAAGUACAACAGGCAUUGUCUGAUACAAAGACUAUCAGUGUAAGUCAAGACAGCAGUGAAAACAAACCGGCCACAGUUGCAGAUGGUCAGAACAUGCUUGGGAAAAAGAGAGGAAAGGGAAAACAUAAAAAGCAAAAAGUAAAUCUGCCAGUGCCCUUAGAACAAGUUGAGAGUCCUAAAGGUGAAUUAUUUUCCAUAGAUGAAGCAUCUGUUGAGCAUAAACAGGUCAGAAUAGAGUUAAAGGAUGGAAAAACGUCAGCGAGUAAUGCAUCAUUUUCAGGUGCAGUUGCAAAAGAGAGUGGAAAAGAAAUGUCAUAUUUUGUCCAAAAAGAGGUAGCAAAUACAGAGAACAUUAAAGAAAAAUCUGAAAAAGAUAGUGCCAAAGUAGAGCAUGAGCCUAUAAAGGAGUUGGAGGCUAAGCAAACUACAGAUAUUCAAAAGGCUUUACCUGUAGAUGACAAUGCUGACGAGUCUGAAAAAGAAAUUAUCAUCAUUGAUCCUAAAUUGGUUGAAGGUGUAAAGUUGGAGAGAAAGGUCAAAGUGGGUGUGGAAGUUUUAACACUUUCAAAUAAAAGUGUGACCUCGCUUACAGAAGACAAGAACAAGGUUAGACAGGAGGUUGUAGAAUUCAAUCGGGAAUCUUUUAAUGGUUUGGAUCUCAAGAAUGAGAUCGAAAAAGGUUUAGAGGGUUUUAGUGAGGCUUCAUCUGUAGGGGAAAAUAAGGUCAGGUCAGAAAAUUUUACCAUUGAUGAUGUACAGUCCAUCAAACUGGAGUUUGAGGCUCCAAAACCUUCAUGUACAAGCAUGACUUCACCUAUUGAUGGCACUGUGGACAAGUUUGGAACUGAAGUUGUAGUCACUGAUCACAAAAUUGUUGAUGCGAAUGUUAAAAGCGAGAUCAGAGAAAGUUUGGAGGUUGGACGAAAUAUUGUUCAAAUGAAGGUGUUACCCACUGAGAACAGUGAGAACAAGUCCAAAAAAGAGGAGGCUAUUAUUGAUCGAAAAUCUGUAAAAAUAGAGAGCCAUGUAAACACGGAGGCUCAAAAACCUCUAUUUAGGGAUGAAACAUCCCCUGUUAAGGGUACUGAGAACAAGGUUGAAAAGGAAGUUGCAGCCAGUGAUCAAAAACAUUCUCAAGACAUGAACAAAGAUUUGGAGGUUACACAAACUCCAGAUAUGGCCGAGACUCUAACUGUAAUAGGGAUUGAGGACAAGUCUGGAAACUAUGUAAGCACUGAUCAAGAAUUUGUUAAUGCAAAGAUAAAGCAAGAUGUUAGAGAAGAUAUGGAUGCCCUAAAACCACCAUAUAUGAUCAUGACUUCACCUGAAGAAAGAACAGAGUUUACAAAAGAAACUGUGGUCAUCAAUCAAAAACCUGCACAAGAAAAUAACUUAAAAGGUGAUAUUGAAGAGGAUUUGGAGUUUGGACAAACUGCAGUAACAUUAGAGGCCUCCUCUGAAGCAAACGUUAAUAAUUCUGAAAAAGAGUUGGCGGUCAUUGAUCAAAAGUCUGUUGAGGAAAUUGUCAAAUCAAAGAGAGAGGACGAAGGAGAUUUAAAGGUUCAGAAACCUCCAUGUAUAAGCAUGACUUCACCUGUAGAUGGCAGUUCAGAGUUUAGAACAGAGGUCAGUGAUCAAAGAUCUGUUAAAGCUGAGAGAAAGGUUAAAGUGGAUUCAAAGGUUGUGCAGGCUCCAUAUGUGAGCAUGACUUCAUCUGUAGAUGACACACUGAGCAAGUUUAAAAAGCAAGUUGAAGAUCAAAAUAUGAACUUGGGAAGUGAGACCAAAGAAGAUCUGCAAGAGGAACAAACUACAGUUGAUACAGAAACUUUACCUGUGAAGAGCAUUCAGACCAAGUCUGAAGAAGAGUUGGCUACCAUGGAUCAGAAAUCAGUUGAAUAUGUGAAGAGAGUGGUCAAGGAAGAGUUGCUGGAAAUACCUAAAACAAAUAAAGGUGCGAAAUCAGGAGGUCUACUUCCAAAUGAGUUUAAGAAGAGUGCAGAAGUGCAGAGUUCAAAGAUUCCUGCACUGGCAACAUUGAAACAUGUAAGCCUGCAGGAUGGCAGUCAAAUUCAUCACAGAGUCGUAAGUAAUGUGCCACAAACAGAACAUGACAAGGAACUGCAUGCUCUGGAGGUUUCAGAGCAAUCAGAUAAAAAGAAGAAAAAGAAGAGAAAGAGUAAAAAGGCCAAGCAACCAGAGCAGGUUGUAAGUGAGGAAAAGGGAACGGAAAACAAAGACGAUGAGACAGUGGCUGAUGAUGUCCCAUCUCAAAUUGAGGCAUUUAAUGAAAAUAUUAAAUGUCAAGAACUUAAGGCCAAGAUGGGGAAAGAUGCACUUCUGAAGAAAGCCAAAGAAAGCAUUCUCAAGAAGGUCUUUGAAUCCAGUGUCAGUGAAAAACAAGCAGCCGACGAGUUAGAAUCAUUGCGUCAAGGGUUGGGUAAAGAUCGACGUGUGACAAGUGAUGAGAAGGUCAAAGCAGAGGAAAAUGUUUCUACACCACCUACAAUGAAAGAUGAGACCAAUGUCAAACAUCAGACAAAGGAAAAUCAACAUCUGGAUCAAGAAAGCAUCGUAACUGGUACUGACUCUGCACAGACUAGCUUCAGUAAAACUGACCCAACUGAUGCUGGGUCAGAAUUCUACACAAAGCAGGACUUCAAUAUUAUCAGAGAUUCCAACACUGAUAUGGACACUACAAAGCAAAGACCACAGAUGGUGCCCACAGAUGGUGAUAAUGGACAAGUUGUAGAAAGGAGAUUUGAAGAGCCAGAGCAUGACCCACCUGGCAAUAAAAAUGAAAAGCAGGUUAUAUCUGCACCCCAUAAACAGUCAGAUACUUUUUCUACUAUUGGCUAUAAAGAUAAGGACUCCAACAAAUCAGUCCCUACUACCACACCAGCUGAGGUUUCUGCUGCUCUGUCAAAGAGUGAAGUUGCCCAGGCUAUUGAAUUAAUCUCCGAACAAAAUGAAGACAUCACUAGUGAGGAUCAAAAGCAAGCUAUGCCUGAUAUUAAAGCCAAAGAUGAAACUUCCAUCGAAGAGUCCACAGAGUCAGGACUGUCUCAAUUAGAAGAGACUCCUGAAUAUGAUACCACAGAGUGCUCAGAGGAGGACAAUCAAGAGAUUGUAGAUGUAAAACAGGCUAAAGAGCCAACUAGAAAAGCAAGCAAGUCCUCUUUGAUCCGACAAGAAUGCCUAGAGCAUGAUCAGCAGAUCGUUGCACUGCUGUCAAUGGUCAGACACAUUGAGGUACGUCUGAAGCAACAACAGCAACAAUCCAUGGGUCGAAGUCUUGUCACUCUCGAUGACAUCAUUGGACAGACUCAGGCUCUUGCUCUGGAGCUCGGCGAUUUGGAGCCUCAAGUAAACAAGGAGGUUGAAGCAGCCACUCAGCUCUUGGAGUGGCCCCUUGAUGAUAUCCCACCCCAGUUACUCAUGGCUUUGGACAAAGACAAGCGGAGUUUGUCCCGUACAUUUGAUGCGGCAAGAGAACUUGCCCAAAGUGCUUUGCAGGGAAUGCAAUCGUAUCGUGAUGCACAGAAAGAGGCAGUGCAUAGGGAGUUGGAGACUUUGGCUGGGAGAGUGGACAGCCUCCUCAGCUGGCUUAAAAACACUGAAGCUCAAAUGGAGCAAGAAACUGAAGAUGAUGUAAAGAUGAAAGAGAAUGAUAGCAAAACACUGGAGCAUCUUACUCAAAAGCUUCAACAAUGCCAGGAGUUACGUGUGUGUCUCACAGAUCGCUCCAAUGAUGUGAGCACAGUAGCAUUUGACAUCCAGGUGUUUAUCUCGGAGCGUGCACAGGAUCUGGCUCCCAAGCAAAGUAGGCGUCUGCUGGGACAGCUGCAGCAGUUGCAAAGGGCCUUUCACCAAACCUCAGGCUGCACUCAUGCCAGGGCUGAGGCUCUCUCAGUGCAGCUAGCUCGAGAGAAGGAGAGAGAGCAGAUGGAACAAGAGAGGAAACUGGAGGAAAGUCAGAGAGAGAAAGAAAAACAGACUGCUAGAAGGAGAGAGGUAGUACAGCAGCAGAAUGCUGAGUGCUCCCAGAAACUUGAAGGCCUCAGCAUGUGGUUGGCCGGUGCAGCGAGUCUUUUGGCCAGUCAAAAAACAGGAGCUGAAUCCGGAGAUAUGAACUCACUUCAGCAGAAACAAACUGAACUCAUGGGGGUGCAGAAGGAGCUUCAGAACAAAGGUGAUGGAUUGAUGGAGACUAUCCGGUCAGUGGAGGAGUUUCUGGCUGAACGUGGUGAGGAUUUGAGUCCCGAAGAGAGGGCCAAUCUGCAGGGAGCGCUGGCGCGCAUGAAGGAGCAAUACCAAAACCUUACAGACACUACUCAGUCUUCACUGGCUCAGUUGGACUCCGCUAUUAGCACAACACUCCAGCAGGAAACACAAAGGGCUAAGGCAGAGGAGGAGCUGCAGAAUACUCAGGGUAAAAUAGAUAAGCUUCUUGAGGAGUUAUCAUCACUGGACUCAUCCAGCAGAAAGGCUGUUGAGGAAACCGUUCCAGAUGCCAGAGUUUCAGCUGGAACACUGAACUCUCACAGUGAAAUGCUGAAGGCUGAGUUACAGCAGUUACAAGCACAGCAAGCUCACCUCCUGCAGGUGGCUCAGUCCACACGCGCCCUCCUGGAUCAGCCCGACUCCAGUGUUUCACCAGAGGAGAAGCAGCGUCUGCGUACCAGGCUGGACCAGCUGCAGAGCCAGCAUCAGGAACGACUCCAGAACUGCCAGGAGAGACUGAGGAGGGCUGAGGUUCUUCAGGAUGACCUCACCAAGUUCCUGGAAGAACAUGGUAACCUGGACGCUUGGCUUGAACAGAGUGAGCAAGAGCUUCGGUCUUUGAGAGAAGGAGAAACUGAAGCACUGGAUUUAAAAAACAGAAUGGACAAGCACAAAAAGCUGGCAGAAGAUGUGAUCUGUCAUAAGGCAGAUCUGCGCUUUGUGUCCAUUUCGGGUCAAAAGGUGCUGGACAAUUUGCAGGGGACUCUGGAAAAAGCAGGUGCCACUGACCCCACUUUGGAGGACACAAAGCUGCGCGUUAGUGGUAAACUACACGACGUCUCACAACGCUACGGUUCUAUACAAAACAAGUCUGAGAACCUUGGUACCCAUCUGUCAAGCAUUCUGGAUCAUUACCAGCAAUAUCAGGAUGAAGCAAACGCUCUGGACUCUUGGCUGAGUAACCAGGAGAAGAACCAGAGUGUACUCAAACCCAGUGAUGGACAAACAGAUACCCAGACAUUACAAAACACAUUAAAUACUGUACAGCGUCUGCAGGAUGAGCUGGCCGAACGCUCUGUGCGACUGGAGAAGGUAAAGCGAGCAGGGAAAGAGCUUACCAGCAUCCAGGAAUCUCCUAAACUCAAAACAGCGGAUAUUAACACCACCACAGAUACGCUUGAGAGGCGCUUUGGCACCCUGUCAGAGUCUGUGUCUCAGAGAGCUGAGCAACUCCAGACAGCUGUUGCACAGUCUGUCAGUGUUCAGGAGGGGCUCAAAUCAUUGCUGACCUGGUUGGAUGGCCUGGGGUUAGAGUCUGGCACAGUUCAGCCUACUGCUCAAGCAGUGCAGGAGGCCCUCACCCAAAAUCAGAAACUCAGACAGGAAUUGUUAUCACGACAGGGAAGUGUGGAGGCCGUUUGUGACUCUGUGUCCAAACUGCUAAAAUCAGCAGAUGCAUCAACAGCCUCUGGGCUGCAGGGGGCAUUGCAAGACCUGAGCCAGCGCUACAUCACAACCCAGACCAAACAGGCUGUAAAAGAGACUGAAUUUCGGGUGGUUCUGCCCAAGCUGGAGGACUUUGAGAGACUGAGCUCAGACCUCAGAGGCUUCACACAGAACCGAGAGAGGAUCUUGAGCCUGGGGGGUUUGCCAGACCACAGCAUACCAGACUACAAGCAGACUAUUGAGGAGGUGAAAUCAGAUCUUGUCCAAGAAACAAGUCAGUUAAAGUCAUUUGUGGAGCUUGGUACAGACCUGAGCCAGUCAAGUGUAUUUACCAAUGCACAUAAUCUUGUAAACUCAACCAAAGAGGUGUCUGAUGAAUUUGCUCAGCUGGAAGCCAACGUCAACGAGAGGCUGAAUGCAAUCCAGAGUUGUGACCUGCAGCUGGGACAGUUUCGCUCGCUUUCAGGGUCCCUCCUUAGGUGGCUGCAGAUGGCACAGGACCAGCUGCCGGCUAAAGAGCCCAACCUCAACACAGAGGGCCUGCAAAGAAGGGUUCAGCAGCUCAAGGACCUUCAGAGUGAGUGGGAGUCUCAGGGCAGCCAGGUUCAGGAGUUAAACAAAACCAGCUCAGAAUUAGAGUGUCUGAUUAUCAGCAUAACCGCUCCACAGAGCAAGACUGGUGUUCCCCAGCUCAAUGGUGCCGGUGGCUCCAGCAGUCUCAAUGGCAUUCACACCUGCAGAGACCUGACUGAGAUACAGGUGGUGGUGGCAGACGUCAACAGCAAACAUGAGCAGCUGGGUGCCGAUCUCCAGGAGAGGCUCAAAAAGCAACAGGCAUCUCUUGAUUUGCGUCAGAGGGCCAGGCAGGAUGCUGAUGCACUGCUGCAGUGGCUGGGGCCUCGAGAACACAGCCUGGCACAGGGGCAGACUGCCUCACCCUCACGACCUGAGGUUCUUCGUGCCCAGGCUCAACAGAACAAAGCCUUGCUGUCUGAACUUGGAGAGCAUACUGGAAAGGUGGAUGACCUGAAAAACACUCUGAAGCAGCUGAUAACAGACAAUCCAGAUUCCCCUGAAGCGGAGACUUGGAAACAGCAGCUCAAUGACAUAGAUUCUCGCUGGGAGAAAGCUAAUCAGACGGCAGCACAGAGGCAGACUGAACUAGAGACAUGUGCCGACAGAUUGGGCAGUUUUGCAUCAGCAGCCAAUCAGCUCGGCCCCUGGCUGCGAGAGAAAGAACUGAUGAUGAGCGUGCUGGGUCCCCUAAGCAUCGAUCCAAACAUGCUUAACACUCAGAAACAACAAGUGCAGUUCAUGCUUCGUGAAUUUGACACACGGCAUGCCCAGUAUGACCAGCUGACCCAGACAGCAAAAGGCAUCCUCUCACCCAGUGGCGAGCAGGACUCCAGUGACGGCCAGGAUGUGGCUGAAGUACAGCAGGAGCUGGCCUCCAUCACCCAGCAGUGGGACGACCUGACCUCUCGCCUCUCCCACCGCUCCGAGCAGAUUGAGCGUGCUCAGGCCUUCAGUGAGUGCUUCCAGUCUCUGCUGAAAGAGCUCUCCCUCAGUUUAGCCCAGCUAGCUGAGAAGCUGGAUGCUCAGGCUUCACUCAGCGCCCAGCCUGAAGCCCUGCGACAGAGAUUGAAGGAGACGGGCGAGAUACGUUCCGAGCUGGAGCAGAGGAGAGGCCAGCUAGCACAGGCUAAAGAACUGUGUUCUGAGCUCAGUGAAAUUGUAGCAGAGCCAUAUCUACGAGAUGAGCUGCAUAAGAGACUGGAAAGUGUCAGUGCUCCACUCAACAGCCUGGAGGAGAGAGCAGCGGAGGGUCUGUCCCAACUGCAGGCUGCUCUUUCCAGUACACAACAGUUUCAGCAGAUGUUUGAGGAGCUCCGUGCCUGGCUGGAUGAGCAGCAGGCAACUAAAAGCAUGUCUGAAGCAUCCAAGCCCCUUCCCUGCCAGCCAGAGCUUCUGAGGGCACUUAUCAACCUACAGGAGGAGCUCCAGCGUGGCGUGGCACAGCAGCGUGGAUCUUAUGAGCUUAUCCAGGCUGAGGGGGCAUCUCUGCUGGCAUCACUGCCUGCUGGAGACGAGCGCUCAGACCUGCAGGGUCGACUCACCAAACUGCGUCAGGAUUGGGAAACACUUAACCAGCGAUUUACAGAAAAGCACAGUGCUAUCAAAGAGACACUGUCCUGCGCCGAGCAGUACCAGCAGCACCGUGACGCACUGGAACCGUGGUUAAAAGAGUCUGAACAGAGAGAGUCUGAAGUCCAGCCCUCUCUGGAGCCGGCCGCCCUUGAAGAAGGCUUGCGGAAGGCAAAGGAGUUAUGCUCGGACGUAGACCGCCGUCGUCCUGUACUCGAGGCUCUGAAUACAGCAGCCGACCAGCUGCUGGAACAAAGCCGGAUCGGAGAAGAAGAGGUGAGGGAUGAGAAAGCCCAACUGAACCGCAGACUGGACGGCCUCUCGGAGAGAAUACACGGGCGCACGGCUCAGCUGGAGGAGCUGAGCAGCAGACUAAAGGAAUUUGAAGAUGGUAGACAGACAGUGGAGAGGAGACUGGAGGCAGCGAAGCAUCAGCUGGAGGUGCAGGAGGCACUGGGUCCCCAAGCCUGCAGCAACAAGAGUCUGGAGCGCCUGCGCAGCCAGCAAGAGACUCUUGGCUCCCUACAGCCACAGGUGGUAUAUCUGCGAGAUCUGGCCAAGGGGCUGGUACAGGACGCCCCUCAGACAGUAAGGGACGGCGGUGACAGCGGACAAACGCUGCUGCAACAGGCCCAGGACACAGAGAAGGAAUUUGAAAAAGUUAAUGAGAAGCUCGAGCAGUGCUGCUCAUCCCUUGAGUCUCGGCUCCAGGGCGUCGGAGAGGUCCAGUCGAGUGUCCGAGACGUCUUCUCACGACUGGCCGACCUGGACGAUGAGCUAGACAGCCUGAGCCCCGUGGGUCGGGAUGUAGACUCGCUGGCCUCACAAGCCGAGGCGGUGAAGGACUUCUUAAGCCGUUUGUCGGCGCUGAGAAACGAACUCGAAGGUCACGGGGGUGCCUGCACUGCUAUGCUUAGGAGAGAGGGUAGCUCUCCAGACCUGCUGGCUCUCAGAAGGGAGACGGAGGCACUGAGUCGCCAGGCAGCUAAGCUAACAGAGCGGGGCCAGGGUCGCUUAACGCUUAUAGAGGCGGCCGAGGAGCGGGUGAAAGAGUUCUACGCCCGUCUGACAGCGCUCCAAGGGCUUCUUAAUCAGGCAGAGGAUAACCUGAACACGCAAGGAGUCGUGGGAACUGAGGUGGACGUCAUCCAACAGCAGCUGCAGGAAUUUAAGGCUGUGGAGAGGGAGCAGAUAGACAGCAUCCAGCCUAAACUGCAACAUGUGAAUGCUGUGGGACAAGGGCUGAUCCAGAGUGCAGCUAAAGACACAGACACACAGGCUUUGGAGCAUGAUCUAGAGACCACCAAUCUGCACUGGAACUCACUUAACAAAAGGGUGGCUGAGAGAAUCACACAGUUACAGGAAGCCUUGUUGCAUUGUGGAAAGUUCCAAGAUGCUCUGGAACCCCUGCUGAGCUGGCUGACUGACACUGAAGAGCUGAUUGCCAAUCAGAAGUCGCCAUCUGCUGAAUACCGAGUAGUUAAAGCACAAAUUCAAGAACAGAAGCUGUUGCAGAGGUUGCUGGAUGACCGGCGUGGGACGGUAGAGAUGAUCAGGGCAGAAGGUGAGCGGAUCGCUGCUACAGCAGAAACGCAGGACAGAGAAAAGAUUCAGAAGCAGCUGCAAAGCCUUGGAGAGUGGUGGACAGACCUGCUGGGGAAGGCCAGUUGCAGGCAACGUCAACUAGAAGAGCUACAGGUGCUGGCUCUGCAGUUCCACGAGACAGUGGAGCCUCUGGGAGAGUGGCUGAGUGCCACAGAGAGGCGUCUGUGCUCCGCUGAACCCAUGGGAACCCAGGCCUCCAAAAUUAGCCAGCAAAUCAGCCGCCACAAGGCCCUCCAAGAGGAGGUGCUGUCUCGGCGAAAAGAGGUGGAUCUUAUGGAGGCUCUUGGGCAAUCACUGUCCCCUCUUAGCUGUGCAGCAGAUUGCAACUGGCUGAACGAGAGGGUGGGAGCUGUGCGCAGCGGACACACUGAUCUGCGUAAUUGGUGCACUCGGCGGGAGGCCAUGCUGGAGCAGGCCCUGGCCAAUGCACAGCUGUUUGGGGAGGAGGAGGUGGAGGUGCUGAACUGGCUGGCUGAGGUGGCGCAGCGCCUAGCUGAUGUCUCAGUGCAGAGCUACCAGCCUGAGCUGCUGGCUGAGCAACACAAAUACACUUUGUCUCUAAAUGAGGAGAUUGUAAGCAGGAAGAAGACUGUUGAUCAGGCCAUAAAGAAUGGACAGGCUCUGCUGAAACAGACUACAGGUGAGGAGGUGCUGCUUAUACAGGAGAAGCUCGAUGGCAUAAAGAGCCGUUAUGCAGAGAUGACAGCAGGCAGCAGCAAGGCCCUCCGGAACCUGGAGCAAGCACUGCAACUCGCCACCCGAUUUGCCAGUGCCCACGAGGACCUCAACCAGUGGCUGGAUUCUGUGGAGGCAGAGCUCAAUAACAUAGAGCCAGAUACAACACCAGCCUAUCAGGAGAAACAAAAGGACCUGAAGUGUGUGUCUGCUGAGAAAAGAUUGGUUCUGGACACUAUCAAUGAAGUGGGCAGUGCCCUGCUGGACUUGGUUCCCUGGCGGGCCCGUGAAGGACUGGACCGUCUGGUGGCUGAUGCCAACCAGCGCUACCGACAGGCUGAUGAGACAAUCACGCAAAGAGUACAGCUUGUGCAGGCAGCCAUCCAACGAUCCCAACAGUACGAGGAGGCUGUAGAUGCGGAACUGGCCUGGGUGGGGGAGACGGAGAGGAAACUAGCGUCACUGGGACCGCUGAGUCUGGAGCCGGAUGUUACUGUGGCUCAGCUCCAGGUCCAGAGGGCCUUUAACAUCGACAUCAUCCGCCACAAGGACACAGUGGACCAACUCCUCAACACACGAGAGGAUAUCCUGGAGAGUUGCACCGAGCAACAGAGAGAAUUACUCAAGGUAAAGACUGACUCGCUGAGUGCCCGCUAUGAGGCAGUGAGUCAGAACCAUGCAGAACGUUUCUCAGCUCUGGAGCAGGCUCAAGUGCUGGUGGCCCGCUUCUGGGAGACGUACGAGGAGCUGGAGCCAUGGCUGGGGGAGACUGAGAGCAUGAUCACCCAGCUGCCCCCUCCUGCCAUCGAAACAGAGGCUCUCCGCCAACAGCAGGACCAAAUGAGGCUCCUGAGAGAAUCAAUAGCUGAACACAAACCCCACAUUGACAAGCUGCUGAAGAUUGGGCCACAGCUGGCUGAGUUGAGUGCUGAGGAGGGAGCAACGGUGAGACAGCGCUAUAAUGACUCAGAGAAACGCUACCUGGCCAUUAAGGAGGAGGUCAAAAAUCAGGCUGCAGCACUGGAUGAGGCGUUCUCUCAGUCAUCACAGUUCCAUGAUAAAAUGGACCCACUGUUGGAGACCCUGGAGGGUGCAGUGCAGCGCUUGCGGCAGCCUCCUCCCAUUGCAGCUGAGGUGGACAAGAUCCGUGAACAGUUGGCAGAGCACAGGGCAGCUGGGCUGGAGCUGGACAAACUGCUUCCGUCCUUCAGUGCCCUGUGUGCCCGUGGGGAGGAGCUGAUUACCCGUGCAUCACACACUGACCCUGCUGCCCAAGCGGUGCGCUCGCGGCUCCUGAGGCUGCGCUCUCUUUGGGACGAGAUCAGACAGAGGGCAGAGGAGAGAGAGGGCAAGCUGCAGGAUGUGCUGGACCUGGCUGGAAAGUUCUGGUCCGACAUGGGGGCUCUCUUAAGUACACUGCGAGACUCUCAGGACAUUGUAAAAGAGCUGGAGGACCCUGGAGUUGAUCCAUCACUCAUCAAACAGCAAAUAGAGGCAGCAGAAGCUAUUAAAGCAGAGACAGAUGGAUUGAGGGAGGAGUUGGAGAUCGUACGCACUCUGGGAGCAGAUCUCAUCUUUGCAUGUGGAGAAACAGAGAAACCAGAGGUCAAGAAGACCAUCGAUGAAAUGAAUGCCGCCUGGGACGGCUUGAACCGCACAUGGAGAGAGAGGAUGGAGAAGCUGGAGGAGGCUAUGACAGCCUCAGUGCAGUACCAGGAUGCUUUGCAGGGCAUGUUUGACUUCUUGGACAAUGCGGUCAUCAAGCUGUGUGAUAUGUCACCUGUGGGAACUGAUCUCAGCACUGUCAAACAACAGAUAGAGGAGCUCAAGCAAUUUAAGGUGGACGUGUACCAGCAGCAGAUAGACAUGGAAAAGCUUUGCCACCAGGGGGAGCUACUGCUUAAGAAGGUUACUGACCAGACCGACAGAGACAUGAUCCAGGAGCCUCUGAUCGAGCUGAGACAUCUGUGGGAGAAUCUAGGAGAAAAGAUUACAUUUCGACAGCACAAACUGGAAGGAGCUCUGCUCGCCCUGGGUCAGUUUCAACACGCCCUUUCUGAGCUGCAGUCCUGGCUCAGCCAUACACAUGCCACCCUGGACACUCAACGACCCAUCAGCUCCGACCCCAAAGCUAUUGAGAUUGAGCUUGCAAAACACCAUGUGCUGCGGAAUGAUGUCCUGUCUCAUCGAUCCACUGUGGAGACAGUGAACGCUGCUGGUUCAGAGCUGUUGGAGUCCAGUCCCGGGGAUGAAGCCAGCCACCUGAGAGACCAGCUGGAUGAACUGAACAGCAGCUGGGAGAGCCUGCUGCUGAAAACUGAUGAGAGACAGAAACUGCUAGAGAGUGCGCUGCACCAGGCGGAGGGUUUCCAUGGUGAGCUGGAGGAGUUCCUGCAGUGGCUGAGACGCACAGAGAGUCAGCUAUCUGCUGCCAAACCCACAGGUGGCCUGCCUGAGACGGCCAGGGAGCAGCUGCAGCAGCACAUGGAGCUGCAGGCCCAGCUUUCGCAGCGUGCUGAACAGUAUCAUCGGCUGCUGGAUCAGGGAGAGGCCAUGCUGUUGGCCAGAGGUGGAGAGGAGUCCAGCCCUGGAACCACCCAAACUCAGCAGAACCUGGCCCUGCUCCAGAACAAGUGGGCCAGUCUAAACGCCAAGAUAGAUGACAGAAGGGCUAAGCUAGAGGAGGCUGUCUCACUGGCUACAGGUUUCCAGUCCUCCCUACAGGACACCAUCAACUGGUUGACCCAAGCAGAGCAGACUUUGAACAUGGCCCAACCACCCAGCCUCAUCCUUGACACGGUCCUCUUUCAGAUAGAUGAGCACAAGGUCUUUGUAAAUGAGGUGAACACACACAGGGAGCAGGUACUGGCUCUGGAGAAGGCAGGAUCACAGCUCCGUUUUGCUAGCCUCAAACAGGACGUAGUGCUGAUCAAAAACCUGCUGUUAAGCGUGCAAGCUCGCUGGGACAAGCUGGUGCAAAGGUCUCUCGACAGAGGACGACACCUCGAUGAGGCUCGCAAAAGAGCCAAACAGUUUCAUGAGGCCUGGAGGAAGUUGAUGGACUGGCUGGAGGAGGCUGAGAACAGGCUGGAUGCUGAGUUGGAGAUCUCCAAUGAGCCCGACAAAAUUAAAGUGCAACUGUCUAAACAUAAGGAGAUUCAAAAGACUCUAGGCUCUAAGCAGCCAGUGUAUGAUACCACAGUACGCUCUGGAAAGGCCAUGAGAGACAAAACAACACUGCCCGCUGACACACACAAACUGGACAACCUUUUGGGGGAGGUCCGAGAUAAGUGGGACACUGUGUGUGGGAAGAGUGUGGAAAGGCAGCACAAGCUGGAGGAGGCUCUACUGUUCUCAGGACAGUUUGCUGAGGCCCUGCAGGCUCUUGUGGACUGGCUGUAUCGAGUGGAGCCACAGCUGGCUGAAGAUCUGCCUGUCCAUGGGGACUUAGACCUAGUCUCUAACCUCAUGGAUUCACAUAAGGCCUUCCAAAAGGAACUGGGAAAGAGGACCAGCAGUGUGCAGGCACUCAAACGCUCUGCUCGUGAGCUCAUGGAGACUGGUCGGGAUGAUACAGCCUGGGUCAAAGUCCAACUGCAGGAGCUCAGCAAUCGCUGGGACACCGUCUGUGCCUUGUCUGUGACCAAACAGACCCGCCUUCAGCAAGCUCUCAAACAGGCUGAAGAGUUCCGGCAGGCAGUGCAGAUGAUACUGGAGUGGCUUUCAGAGGCAGAGCAAACCCUGCGUUUCCGUGGUGUUUUACCGGAGGAGUCAGAGACUCUACAGGCUCUGCUGCAUACUCAUCGUGACUUCAUGCAGACAGUGGAGGAAAAGAGAGUAGAUGUGAACAAAGCAGCAGGCAUGGGGGAAGCAAUCCUGGCAGUGUGUCACCCUGAUUGCAUUACCACUAUCAAACACUGGAUCACAAUCAUCAGGGCCCGCUUUGAGGAGGUUUUGACAUGGGCAAAGCAGCACGAGCAGCGGUUGGAGACAGCGCUGGCUGAGCUCCUCAACAAUGCAUCAUUAUUGGAAGAGCUGUUGACAUGGCUACAGUAUGCAGAGACCACUUUAGUGCAGCGUGACACAGAGCCCCUUCCACAGGACAUCACCCAACUGAAAACACUCAUCACUGAGCACCAGGUGUUUAUGGAGGAGAUGACGCGUAAACAGCCUGACGUAGAUAAAGUCACGAAGACCUACAAGAGAAAAACAGCAGAGCCCUCCGGCAGUCUUGCUGAGAGGCGGAUGGCCCGUAAACAACAGCAGCAGCAACAACAGCAGCAUACAGUGCAGCUAACGGGAGGAAACCCUCGCCUCAACCAGCUCUGCUCUCGAUGGCAACAGGUUUGGCUACUGGCUCUGGAUCGCCAGCGCAAGCUUCAUGAUGCCCUUGACAGGCUAGAAGAGUUGAAAGAGUUUGCCAACUUUGACUUUGAUGUAUGGAGGAAAAAGUACAUGCGCUGGAUGAACCACAAGAAGUCUCGCGUCAUGGACUUCUUUAGACGCAUCGACAAGGACCAAGAUGGCAAAAUCACUCGACAAGAAUUUAUAGAUGGCAUCCUGGCUUCAAAAUUCCCUACCAGCAGGUUGGAAAUGACUGCAGUAGCUGAUAUCUUUGACCAGGAUGGUGACGGUUACAUUGAUUAUUAUGAGUUUGUGGCAGCGUUGCACCCCAACAAGGAUGCUUACAGACCCACCACAGAUGCAGACAAGAUUGAAGAUGAGGUCACCAGACAGGUGGCUCAGUGUAAGUGUGCUAAAAGGUUCCAGGUGGAGCAGAUCGGGGAGAACAAGUACAGGUUCUUCCUUGGGAACCAGUUUGGGGACUCUCAGCAGCUGCGUCUGGUGCGAAUCCUGCGCAGCACAGUCAUGGUGCGUGUGGGUGGAGGCUGGAUGGCCCUGGAUGAGUUCCUAGUCAAGAAUGACCCCUGCAGAGUUCAACACCCUGGACUUAAAAUUCUUCGCUCCGACUUCAGCAGCUCCAUGUCAUCCCGUAUAGCUCGGGGACGUACCAACUUGGAGCUGCGGGAAAAGUUCAUUCUUCCAGAAGGAGCCUCGCAAGGGCUGGCGGCUUUCCGCUCCCGCGGCAGACGCUCCAAGCCUUCGUCACGCACAGCCUCGCCAACACGGUCCUCCUCAUCAGCCUCGCAAAGUGCCCAGAGCUGCGCAUCGGUGCCCUCCGCCCCUGCUACCCCCACUGCCUCCUCCUCAAGGUCCUCCCAAUCCCAAUCGCGAGGCUAUGCCAAGCCCUGGUUGGCACACAGUAAAACUCCAACUUCAGCCAAGUGUCAGUCCUGCCCAGAGCACAGCUACACCCCUGGGCAUGAGGGAGGAUCCACAACAAAGCUUAAAAGACCGCCGUUUCAUUCCAGCCGUGGCUCUUUGACGGGUGAGAAUGGUGGUGCCACGCCUGUUACUAAACCUGCCCGCUCUGACAAACGCACCCCGUCCUCAACCACCGGGCCUGCCAGCCGUGGUGGAAGCAGAGCUAGCAGUCGAAGAGGCAGUGAUGCUUCUGAUGCUUCUGAGCUGAUGGAGACUCGCUCUGCCUGCUCUGAUACCUCAGACACGCCGCGCCGCCCAGGUGCCAAACCCUCUAAAAUCCCCACCAUCUCAAAGAAGACCCCCAGCUCCAAGACACCAGCGACUAAGAAGUAGUUGGGUUUUUUUUAUUAUGAGGUGUUGGAAGAUGGACAGACGUACUAGGCACUGCAAUAGAGCUACACUGUCUCUGGGCCAGACUUUGACUACCAUCAGCACUGGAAUGGAAUUAAAAUACAUGGAAUUAAGACAUUGAGCUUAUCUAAUUAAGCCCUGUAUACCUGUGCUCAUUUUUGGGCACCUCUACAAACACCUGACCCCAGGAUUGUCCCACUGUCCAUACAUCUGUCCAUAACUGUUAUAAUAGUGCUGCCUUAUUUGUUACAUGUCAGUCCUUUGUCUGACUGAUACUUGAACGUGUAACUGAGCUGUGUAGCAGCUAACAAAUGCACAGAAUACAAGCGGACACGUGGAGCGACACCACCACUGGAACUGGGAUUUGAACCCAGCACUAAAGAUAUGCAAUAGCUAUACACACUUCAGCACUGAAACUGGAGAUGGUAGAGCCUCAGUCCCAAUACUGACUCAUGGGCACACACCUAAACCUAGGGUUUAUUUAAAUAUGCCUGUGGUCGUCACUCUCACCCUCUCGACUAUAUGCAAGGCUGUUUGCCUUUAGCACCACCCCUCUGUUACUGAAACUUCAGGAAAAAGGUCCGACCAUUUAUUUGGGCAAUCUUACAUAGUAUUCUGCAUUUAGUAAAAAUCCAGUGUGUGUGUGCUUUGUAUGGCAAUUUUUAUACAGGACUAACGUAAUAACAAGUCGAGGAAGAUAUGAGAGGUUUGUCACCACAUCCUUGCCGAUGAGUCAGAGGAUUGGGCACAUGACCCUGAAGCCCUGCUCGGCUACAGCUUCCCUGUUGUCCUCCCACACUCUAAUUGAUGGUGUUUGAUUCCUAAAUCCUGAGAGCACUUCGGUGUCUCAGAGCAGAUGAUCAUUUCACAGAUGUGCACUAACGUUUAUGUGGAUGUAGUUCACCCUUCUCUCCUUGACACCUGUUUAACACGCUCAGUAAAUUACAGACGUUCUGUUACAGAGUUCUUUCAAUUACGUCGUGAUAUGCAACUUAUACACUUUAAAAAUUGUGAAUGUUUGAUGGUUAAUUUAUAAUCCUAAUGUAUUUUGUUUUGCUUGUUUUAUUUCUAAUGUCAAAUGUUUAUUUAUUUUUCAUUACAGUAUCAUAUCAUUCUGGGAAACUCUAGUAUUAUGUUAAGACUGAGAACUCUUUGCUUUAUGCUCUUUUCUGUUUCUGCCUCACUAAUGACUGACAAUGAUCAUUUCUGUUAGAAUGCUCCAGGAAGCUGACUGAUUCCACUGGUGGCCUUUUUGCCCGUGACUACAGCCUGAUCAUGUUAAACAUGGCUUUCCACGUUGUGUAUUGUCAGAAGCUCUUGGAUAAUUGUUUUUUUGGGAUACAAACAUAUCCUCAGAUGAAACAGAGCUUUGAAUAGUUUUGUCAUUGAAAAACUGAAGUAUAUAAAUAUCUAAUGAAAGUGAAUUUGAAAGGGGAUUUUUAUUUAUUUAUUGUGUCUAUGGAAGGGAGGGGGUAAGGGCUAUGAAACAGAUUCAACUUUGGAGUCUUUGCAACUCUCUCAUUCUGAUGAAGAGGAAAACGACCAGGCUGUGAUUGUGUACAAGUACAAAGUGAAAAUUAAGAAUUCCUGAUUUUUUGUUCUUUUGUAUUAAAAUAAUGCUUGCAGUAA